UCGGUCGGUGUCGCCGGGCGGCUCGGCGCCGCUUCCCCCCGCCCCUUCCCCCGGCCCCGCCGCCCCCCGCCAUGGGCGCCAGCGGCUCCAAGUCGCGGGGGCUGUGGCCCUUCGCCUCGCCGGCGGCGGGCGGCGGCGGCGCUGAGGGCCCCGGCGGGCAGCAGGCCCUGGCCCGGGCGCGGGCCGCGCGCGCCGCCACCCCGUUCGUCUUCACGCGCCGAGGCUCCAUGUAUUACGAUGAGGAUGGGGAUCUCGCCCACGAGUUCUACGAGGAGACAAUCGUUACCAAGAACGGGAGGAAGCGCGCCAAGCUGAAGAGGAUCCACAAGAACCUGAUACCUCAGGGCAUAGUGAAGCUAGAGCACCCUCGUAUCCACGUGGAUUUCCCGGUCAUCAUCUGCGAGGUGUGAGCCGCCAGACGUGGCUGCCUGCGGGAGAUGGGUGACCUCGUGCAACGACUGCUUCAGAACAUCCUCGCUUGAGUCAGGAGACUAAAGUACCUUUUGUAGCCUCUAGCCGACGUUUGAUGGGUAACUGGAACUGCAAACGAGCUGCUGUGUUUGUUGGAGCUGUUAAAGGGAGAGUGAACCUGCACUUCUCACCAGAUAAAAUCCCCCCCCACCCCCGCUUCUCAGGUAUGGGGCCCAGGGAGAGCCAGGGCAAGGUAAUGUGCUGCCCAAGGCCCCUAGGGCCUGGCAGUGAGAUGGCCAGUGCUGUGGUGUGUCGCUUGACACACAGGUCGAUGAUGUGCUGCUCCCCUGAGUGGUUCGUGGAGGGAGGAUAACCGGGGCAGGCCGAGGGGCCGGUCUCCAGACACAUCCAGCUGCUCCGUGCCUCCUGGGACGGGGACGGAGCCCAGGGGCCGCUCCCUUGGACCCUGGACUCUUCCCUCUGUGUGUUUCCCUGCUGAUGCCAGCUCGGGGAGACCGGUUUGGCUGCUGCCCGAGGACCUGUGCGGCCCAUGGGGGCAGCGAGGUGCCCAGCUCUGCAGCAGACUUGCCUCCCCAUUACUGAGGCUGCUGCGGGGCCGGGCUGCUGGGCGAGGCGUCUCCUUGUCGUUGCCGUCUGGAACGUAACCUCCCGGUGGGGUGGGCCUUGACAGAGCCAAGCAGGAAGGAAAUCAUCUCUUUCCUCCCCGUCCCCAAAAACAAUCGAUUGGUGUGCCUGCCCCAGCCUGGAAAUCUCCCUGGCGAUGUGAACUCUGGUUCCUGCCGCGCCUCAGCUGGCGGCAGGAGGAGAAACGCGAUGCACUUUAAAGGGAGGUGUCUUGCCCCGUCUCGGAAGGUCCUGCUCUUUUCUCCUCUUUCCUCACUCUUGAGAAGGUUGAGGUUGUGUUGGCAACACCAAAAAAACCUCUCACUCCUGUCCGUGAGCCCUGGGGUGCCGAGCCAGCUGCACAGGGUCAGGGAAGUGCCCGACCCGUACUGCCCCUCGCCAGCACCUCACCAGCUGCUGGCCCCCUGCUCGGCCACCCUGGGCUGGGCGGGUGCAGGAGGGCCGGUGACAGCAGGCACAGCUUUAACCCGGGUCAGAGCCUGCUCCCCGCAGCAGCCCGCUCGCCUUUCCUCCUCUUUCGUUCCAGAACUUAUUUACUUUCUAAGCACUUCAGACGUUUGCUACCUCGAUUUUUAAUUUAAGCUGCUGGCACUUGGCUGCCGGCCCCGUCGGCGUCUCCGUUGGAUGUACCCUCCCCUCCCUGGGCUGGAUGUACCCUCCCCUCCCCGGGGCUGCAUUCCCAGCUGGGAGAGAUAACGGCAUGGCUGUUGCCGUCUUCCUGUCACCACCUCUUUCCUCCACAUCCCCCACCCGCUGUUUCCAUCGACAGGAGCGAGCAGGGAGGGUGAAGCGGGCAGGGAGAGGCGGGUGUGCUGGUGGUAGCCCCUGUGCAGGGCAGGGCUCCGGCAGGGAGCUCGCAACACUGUGAUGCUGGGCGCUGCUGUCGACAUCUUUUGUUCUCCCGCUUGCUUGAAAUGAGUCUUGUCUUAAAACAAUCCCCCACUGAAGUGUUUCUUAUUCACACCACCUGCUCUCGGGUUUCUCCCGGGCCGGGUCUCUCUGGGAAAGGCGUCCCUCGGGCUCUACAGGAGCUGCUGUCCCCAGGAAGAGGAGACAAAGCUGUGGCCAGGCUGCCUCCUUGCCCUGCUGCUGUUUGAGGGCACGGGAAGCUGCACCAAACCCACCUUCGGUACGAGGGGAAGGCAGAGGAGGAGCGGAGGGGGCCGGUGCCGUUUGCCUGCCCCGUUGGGGAGCCCCUCGCCUGGCGACCGGCCAAAAUAUCUGCUGACAAGGCAGGGCCUGAACCCCAGGGGAGGAGAGACCAAGACAGGCUUAGCAACGAUGCUUUUGUCCUCUCUGACAGGCUGCCCACCCUUCCCCCCCCAAAAAAACCCCCACGCCUUCCUCCCCCACCCCGUGUCACCGGAGCAGCGGUGAUCAGAUCCCUCGCAGGCUGCCAACACGCUGCAUCCUGCCCGGCCCGGCUCUCUCGCCCCCGCUGGCCCCUGGCCCUCCCGCCACAGCAGGGCCUCGGGAGCACCUGGAGGGAUCUUAACAAUGUGAAGGUCGCUGUAAAUAGUAUCUGUGUCCACUGUGGUGUUGGAGCAAGCAAAAAAAACCCAGAAACAAAAAAGGAAAGUUUUCCUUUCGAUUCUUUUCUUUUUUUUUCCCCCAUUUCCCUGCCCCUCGUGCUUCCCCGUGCGGACGUGUGGCCCAUCCCUGCUCACCCACACUAGGCUCCUUGCUCCUCUAGCCUCUGGGUAGGGCUUGGGAAAUGUACACUAUUUAUGGUCCUUCCUCCCAGUGCAUCUGUCCACUUUUGUUAAAUUUCAAUAAAAGUAUUUGUAGAGUCCCAAA